AUGCCUUGUUGUCUGCGACACCACAUUCUACCAACCGAGGAAGAAAACAAUGGCGAACCGAAAACGGCAGUAAAGUAAGCCAAGUGUUUUUGUUGUCACCUCGCUGCGUCCUCGUCCAAAUGUUUCAUGUUGAAACCGUCCAGUAGGUUUAAAUCUUAGCAAUAUAAGCAGCGAACCUGUCAAAUAUAAUUUUUAAUAAGGCUCGCCAGGCAGGUAACGUGUCGUUGGUACUGUUCUUUCUCGAUGAAGAAACCCCACUUAGUUGACGCAUAUGCCGCAGGUUUAAGUUGACAUGUUUCGCUAACGUCGCUCGGAGGCAGAAGGCGAGAAAAGACGGCAGAAUGACAGGUGAGUGACUCCAGCUGAUGUCAGAAUGAGAGAUGAUGCCGUCUUGCUGGAUGUACCGGUUGUUCGGCAGCUGUACCACUGGGACUGUGGGCUCGCCUGCUCCAGAAUGGUUCUCAGGUAUCUGCAUCCCAUCAGCGAUGAGGAGUUCCAGAGGGCAUGCGGAGAGCUGAAGAUGACAGAGAGUGUGUGGACUAUUGACCUGGCCUACCUCAUGUGCCAUCUCGGAAUCAAGCAUUGCUUCUACACGCAGACACUGGGUGUUGAUAAGGGCUUUAGGAAUCAGUCAUUUUAUAAAAAGCAUUUUGAUAUGGAAGAAGAUCGAGUCAAUGAGCUUUUCCUUGAAGCAGAGAAAAAUGGCGUGCUGGUAAAGAAAUGCUCUGUGACUAUUCAGGAAAUUGAGUCCCACCUGGAACAGCGUCAUGUUGCCAUCGUGCUCAUCAACGCCGUCAUCUUGACAUGUGAACUCUGCUCUGCACCUGUCAAAUACUGCUGCUUCCUCCCUGUGGGCCAGAAGUGUUUCUGCAGGAAGCCCGAGUACCAGGGUCAUUUUGUGGUCGUGCGCGGCUUCAACAGAACCACUGGCUGCAUUCUGUACAACAACCCUGCAUAUUCUGACCGUGUCUGCUGCACUUCCGUCACGAACUUCGAGGAGGCUCGACGGAGCUACGGGACAGAUGAGGACAUUCUCUUUAUCUUUAAGGAGAGCUGAUUGACGCUUGUUUGACAUUAUGGAAGUUGACAACUUCCUUCUUUGGUCCAGAUCCUGUUUGGUCAUCCUCGUCGGUGCUAUUGGGUCCAACACGUCACACUAAGAAGACUCCAUUACCUUAUUCCCCCUUUAUAAAGCCAACACCACUUAGCCUGGACUCAGUUCGGGAUUGAACUGAAUAGGUAAUGCUGAAUUGUUUUAUAUUGUAUUUGAGUGUUUAAGUAUGAAUUUUAAUUAUUUAAUCAUGUGUUGUUGUUUUUUUUUUUUUUACCUUAAGCGGAUUAAGAGAAACUACAACACAGAGGUACCUUGGUUUUUGUUAGUAAUCAGAAUUGAAUGAAAACUGGAUCAUUUUUCCCCCUCAGAAAAAAUGUAGAACCAAUUAAUCUAUUACAGUCAAAAAUAUGAACACAUUUCAUAGUGUUGUACAUGCAGAAAAUGUUGCAGAAUACAAUAAGAUCAGGGGUCACCAACCUUUUUGAAACCAAGAGCUACUUCUUAGGUACUGAUAAAUGCGAAGAGCUACACACUUAAAUAAAUUGCCAGAAAUAGCCAAUUUGCUCAAUUUACCUUUAACUCUAUGUUAUUAUUAAUAAUUAAUGAUAUUUAUCUUUGUGGAAACACUGAUCAUCUCAAUGAUUUCUCACAAUAAACAUAUAUUUUUGAUGACAUGUUUUAAAUAGGUUAAAAUCCAAUCUGCACUUUGUUAGAAUAUAUAACAAAUUGGACCAAGCUAUAUUUCUAACAAAGACAAAUCAUUAUUUCUUCUAGAUUUUCCUGAACAAAAAAUUUAAAAUAAAUUCAAAAGACUUUGAAAUAAGAUUUAAAUUUGAUUCUACAGAUUUUCUAGAUUUGCCGGAAUAAUUUUUGGGAAUUUUAAUCAUAAUAACUUUGAAGAAAUAUUUCACAAAUAUUCUUUGUUGCAAAAAACAGAAGCUAAAAUGAAGAAUUAAAUUAAAAUUGAUUUAUUAUUCUUUACAAUAAUAAAAAAAAAAAUUACUUGAACAUUGAUUUAAAUUGUCAGGAAAGAAGAGGAAGGAAUUUAAAAGGUAUAUGUGUUUAAAAAUCCUAAAAUUUUUAAGGUUGUAUUUUUUCUCUAAAAUUGUCUUUCUGAAAGUUAUAAGAAGCAAAGUAAAAAAAUAAAUGAAUUUAUUUAAACAAGUGAAGACCAAGUCUUUAAAAUAUUUUCUUGGAUUUUCAAAUUCAAUUUGAGUUUUGUCUCUCUUAGAACUAAAAAUGUCGAGCAAAGCGAGACCAGCUUGCUGGUAAAUAAAUAAAAUUUAAAAAUAGAGGCAGCUCACUGGUAAGUGCUGCUAUUUGAGCUAUUUUUAGAACAGGCCAGCGGGCGACUCAUCUGGUCCUUACGGGCUACCUGGUGCCCGCGGGCACCGCGUUGGUGACCCCUGAAUUAAAUGAUCAUUGAAAUGAUUAAAAUAAUGUUUGCAGAGGCCAACACAUGGAAGUCUGUGGGCACUCUGAAAUUUGUUUUUGCGCAAUGUGUGGUCGGACAAAAAAUGAGGGAAAUAUUUUGGCCAAGAUUUUUUGUCGGAUCACACAAAGUGAGGCGUUUGAAAACUGAGGUACCCCUGCUAGAUGAAUUGCGACAAAUGACCUAAAAUAGGAGUUUUCAGGAAGUAGUGGGUACACUUUAUUCAGGUCUUCUUCUGACACUAAUCGCUUUAUUUAAAAUCAUUUGUGUUAGAGCUUCAGCAUUACUUUUGAAAAAGUCACUUGUUCACCAAAUGACAACGUGUGGAGCUUUGAAAGUCUCAGGUAAUUCAAUUCUACCUUUGCAAAGAUAAUAAUGCUCAGUUUGUAAGGAUGCUAUCCCACUUCUAUAAUACUAUCUACAGUAUAUGUGUAUUACUGCACUGCGAUAGUAAGAGGUGUUUCCAGUAUUUGUCUACAUGAAAGGGAGAAAGUACAAAACCCAAAAGCAGUGAAGUUGGCACGUUGUGUAAUUGGUAAAUAAAAACAGAAUACAAUGAUUUGCAAAUCCUUUUCAACUUAUAUUCAGUUGAAUAGACUGCAAAGAUGUAACUCCUGCUGGAAACACACUGGUCGUCUCAUUACAGGUCAGCGCUGUGCAAAGCAGGGUUGGCGAAAUAGUCCGAGUUGCAGCCAUGUGUGGAGUCAACAUGGUCUGCUCUCAGGAGACCUGGAGUAAGUGACAACAUGAUUUGGAACUAACAACUCGUGAAGUUGGCACGUUGUGUCAUUCGUAAAUAAAAACAGAAUACAAUGAUUUGCAAAUCCUUUUCAACUUAUAUUCAAUUGAAUAGACUGCAAAGACAAGAUAUUUAAUGUUCCAACUAAGAAAGUUAUUUUGCAAAUAAUCAUGACCUUAGAAUUUAAUCGUCAUGGGCGAUUUUACCACCGUGUUACAUGGCCUUUCCUUUUAACAACACUCAGUAAACAUUUGGGAAUUGAGGAGACACAUUUUUUCAGUGGAAUUAUUUGCCAUUCUUGCUUGAUGUACAGCUUAAGUUGUUUAACAGUCUCCAUUGUGGUAUUUUAGGCUUCAUAAAGCUAAACAAAUUUUCAAUGGGAGACAGAUCUGGACUACAGGCAGGCCAGUCUAGUACCCACACUCUUACUACGAAGCCAUGGCAUUGUCUCGCUGAAAUAAGCAGGGGCGUCCAUGAUAACAUUGCUUAGAUGGCAACAUAUGUUGCUCCAAAACCUGUAUGGACCUUUCAGCGUUAAUAGUGCCUUCACAGAUUGGAAAGUUACCCAUGCCUUGGGCACUAAUAAACCCCCAUACUGUCACAGAUGCUGUUUUUUUUUAACUUUGUGCCUAUAACAGACCCGUAUAGUUGUUUUCCUCUUUGGUCCGGAGGACACAACAGCCACAGUUUCCAUAAACAAUUUGAAAUGUGGACUCAUCAGACCACAGAAUACCUUUCCACUUCAGUCCAUCCUCGAUGAGCUCAGGCCCAGUGAAGCCGGCGGCGUUUCUGGGUGUUGUUGAUAAAUGACUUUGGCUUUGCAUAGUAUAGUUUUAACUUGCACUUACAGAUGUAGCGACCAACUGUAGUUACUGACAGUGGUUUUCUGAAGUGUUCCUGAGCCCAUGUGGUGAUAUCCUUUACACACCGAUGUCGCUUUUUGAUGCAGUACCACCUGAAGGAUCGAAGGUCCGUAAUAUCGCCGCUUACGUGCAGUGAUUUCUCCAGAUUCUCUGAACCUUUUGAUGAUUUGCGGAUUGUAGAUGAUGAAACAAUUCAAUUCCUUGCAAUAGCUCCUUGAGAAAUGUUGUUCUUAAACUGUUCGACAAUUUGCUCACCCAUUUGUUCACAAAGUGGUGACCCUCGCCCUUCCUUGUUUCUGAAUGACUGAGCAGCUCAUGGAAGCUGCUUUUAUAGCCAAACAUGGCACCCACCUGUUCCCAAUUAGCCUCUUCACCCGUGGCAUGCUCCAAAUAAGUGUUUGAUGAGCAUUCCUCAACUUUCCCAAUCUUUUUUGCUGCUUGUGCCAGCUUUUUUGAAACAUGUUGCAGGCAUCAAAUUCCAAAUGAGCUAAUAUUUGCAAAAAAUACAAAAAAUUUACAGUUCGAACGUUAAGUAUCUUGUCUCUGCAGUCUAUUCAAUUGAAUAUAGGUUGAAAAGGAUUUGCAAAUCAUUGUAUUCUGUUUUUAUUUCCCAUUUACACAAUGUGCCAACUUCACUUGAUUUGGGGUCUGUAAGAUAAACUGAGCAUUGUGUUUAUCUUUGGAUUGAUGGAGUUUUUUGUUAGAUUGUGCAGGUGUCUAGUGCAUGUAUGGAACAUGGUCCAAUCACAGAUAACACUCUGUUAAUCCCCAAAGGGAAAUUCAAUGAAAUAUUUUAAAGCAAAUGCUGCCUUAAGAAGAACACACUUGACUAUGAAUUCAUCUGUUUUAUUCUCUUGUAUUUGUUAUGUUUUCAUAAGUGAAAAACACUUGGUGUCAUGGAAACAUCAAAGACAGAACAAAGUUUUGACAAAAGGGACUAAACGUAUUCAUUCUCGAAGUAAGAGAACAAUGUAUCACAUCCUCACUGGUUAUUAUCCUUGUCAUUCUGGUGUAAAGUUGCACUACACUUUUCACAUGGAAUUUAGUAAAUACUGUUUAAAUUAAACAUGACAUAUACAGUACACAGAGUGGGUUUUAAUUUAUGUUUCAAAAUAAAGUACAAAUGACAACA